AUGGACUUGGGCUUGAAGGACGUGCACGUGUUGGUUACAGGUGCGAGCGGCGGUAUAGGCCUCGAGACGACAAAACUAUUCCUUGAUCAAGGAGCGCGGGUCACAGCGCAUUACAACUCCAAUGCAAUAACUCUCGAACCCCUGCUCGAUGCGUAUUCUCCACGCAUCGCUGCUGAACAGGCGAAUUUAACCUCCGAGUCCGACGUUGCUCGACUGAUCAAUGAUGCAUCCAUUCGCUACGGACCUGUUCAAGUUCUCGUCGUCAACCACGCCAUAUACGUCUCUCAGUCCGUGCCAAUGAAGGAUAUGACGCUCGAGCAGUGGAACAGGACUAUAAGUGCCAACCUCACGUCAAGUUUCCUGAUUCUGCGAGAGUACUUACGUACUCUUGACGCGGCCAGCGAUGAAGUCAAGGAACAGGCGUCAGUGAUUCUCAUUGGUAGUACUGCUGGAAAAUAUGGCGAGGCCGAGCACGCCGACUACGCAGAGUGGUGGGAAACUUCCUUCUGCUCCGGCGUCGUGCUCGGUCGCGAUGAUAUUUUUACAGCGAUGAUGUAUGGCCUCACGCUUUCGCUCAAGAACGAGAUCGUGAAGAUCGCACCUCGAGCACGGGUUAACACCGUAGCUCCUGGCUGGGUCAGAACUCCCAUGGCCGAAGAAGCACUGAAAGACGGUAGUGUUGUCUAUCGUGCUCUCGCUACGACACCGUUGAAGAAAGUCGCCAUGCCCCGAGACGUAGCCAAUCACAUCGUCAUAUUAUCGUCCAAUACUAUCUCGGGCCAUAUCACGGGCCAGGUGGUUAUGGUUGAAGGGGGGAUGGAGGGGCGCUUGCUCAAUUUGCGUGAAGAAGUGUCGCUGUAA